GUUUGGGACAAAUCCGUUCAAACCAAAGAAUCGCCUCCUCUGCAAAAGGGCGAGGCGGGAAGGCUUCCUGCAGCUCUCUUGGGGUUCACCUUUCACCCCCCCCCCCUCCGCAAUACAGUUGCCAUUUGUGGAUGGGGGCCGGAGGAGCCCCGCAAGAGGGAACCUUAAAUGAUUUCUCCAUUUGAGAAAGGAUAGAUUUAUAUUUGGGGGUUGAAGUCUGAUUUUGCGCCGCUCCCUCUCCCCCCCGGUUUGUUUUCUCCCCCCGGUUUAAAAAGCGACCAGCUAUCAUCGUGAUAUUGUGAGAAAGUGCUUACUCCGUCUCCACCUGAAGCAAUUCCCCGCUCUGUGCAAAAAUGCUGAUUCUUCUGGCAUUCAUCAUCAUCUUCCACAUAACCUCAGCGGCGUUUUUAUUCAUCGCUACAAUUGACAGCGCCUGGUGGGUCGGGAGUGGUUUCUACAUGGACCUUUGGCUCCACUGUGUCAAUCGAACCAACUGCACGGUUAUCGACGAACGGUUCCCAGAGUAUGAAGCGAUCCAGGCCAUGCAAGCCACCAUGAUCCUGGCCACCAUAUUCUGCUGCGUGGCCUUCUUCACUUUCAUCCUGCAGCUCUUCCGCCUCAAGCAAGGAGAGAGAUUUGUCCCAACAUCCAUCAUACAGCUGCUCUCGUGUCUGUGUGUGAUGAUAGCGGCCUCUAUUUACACGGACAGACACGAACAGUUUCACACGGGCGAAUUCUACGAGUUUGACGUUGGCAGCGGCCAGUUCGGAUAUUCCUUCAUCUUGGCCUGGAUCGCGUUCACGUUCACCUUCAUCAGCGGCAUCAUGUACCUCAUUCUCAGGAAACGCAAAUAAAGCGGCAGCCGGCGGGACGGACGCCUCUCUCUCCA